AUGUCUAAUCCAUCUAGCAGCCUAGAGGAUGCAGCGAAACAGCGAAGCAGAGAUGGCAAGAUGAGGCGAGAAGAGGCAGAUGAUCCACAACCCGAGGGGAAGAGGCAGAAGCUGGGGAAUGAAGCCGGGAACACGGAGAAGGAAGGAACAGGAGGAGAAGGAGGCGGCGAGUGGACAGCCUGUCCGGGCACAGAAGAAUCGAGGACCCAGAUGGAUGGAGAAGGCCAAACUACUUUGACGGCGAUGACUACAAUCAACAUUGAGGAAACCCCACAGAAGCUCCAUGCAAGUGAAACCAACAGUUUUCUGGAGCGAAGCAUUCAUUCUGAUACUAAAGUGGAGUGCAGCUCGUGCGUAGAAGCAGAGGACAGAAAAAUUUCAAGACAACAGAUGAAUUGUGAAAGAGGUCAGCUAAGGGGUAAUCAGGAAGCGACAGCCCCUCCUGACACAAUGGCUCAGCCUUACGCCUCGGCUCAGUUCGCUCCCCCUCAGAACGGCAUCCCGGCAGAAUACACCGCGCCCCAUCCCCACCCCACCCCAGAUUACGCCGGCCAGACGACAGUCCCAGAGCACACGUUAAACAUGUACCCACCGGCCCAGACGCACUCCGAACCAAACGCAAGCGACGCCAAUGCACAGACUGUCUCAGGCACAGCCACACAGACAGAUGACGCAGCGCAGACCGACGGCCAACAACAAACACAAUCCUCGGAAAACACAGACAAUAAAUCACAGCCGAAACGGCUGCAUGUUUCAAAUAUACCCUUCAGGUUCCGAGAUCCAGAUCUCAGACAAAUGUUUGGGCAAUUUGGUAAAAUCUUAGAUGUUGAAAUUAUUUUUAAUGAGCGAGGCUCCAAGGGAUUUGGUUUCGUUACUUUCGAAAAUAGUGCUGAUGCCGAAAGGGCGAGGGAGAAAUUACACGGCACCGUGGUAGAGGGCCGUAAAAUCGAGGUAAAUAAUGCGACAGCCCGCGUCAUGACAAACAAAAAGACCGUAAAUCCAUAUACGAAUGGUUGGAAAUUAAAUCCAGUUGUCGGUGCGGUCUAUAGCCCAGAAUUCUAUGCAGGCAGGGUGCUGCUGUGCCAGGCAAACCAGGAGGGAUCGCCCGUGUACACUGCCCCCAGUUCACUAGUAUACACAUCCACAAUGCCGGGUUUCCCUUAUCCUGCCGCGACCGCAGCCGCCGCGUACAGAGGUGCACACCUAAGAGGCAGGGGACGUACCGUCUACAACACGUUUCGAGCGGCCGCUCCUCCUCCCCCGAUUCCGGCUUACGGCGGUGUUGUGUACCAGGAUGGAUUUUAUGGUGCAGACAUUUAUGGUGGUUAUGCUGCCUACCGGUAUGCCCAGCCCACCACAACCACCGCAGCUGCCUACAGUGACAGCAGCUCCUGUGACGCUGUAUGCCUCAGCGCGCAUGUGAAGAAGCCUCCUGCACCAAUGUGGCAUGAUGACAUCGUCGCGCCAGGCUGGUGUAACGGGCAUGUGCAGCCAGGCCUAUUGCAUCACAGACCGCUCCAGAGCUGCCGGAAUGCCCUAGAACAUGCCGCAUUCCAAAAUCAAUUCGUCUUCGUUGCAACAGAUGAAAUUUCUUGUAACACCUCUGCAGUUACGGACGACUUUAUGCUGCAGACCCCUACCACCACACACUUACUCCCGCAACCACCUACGGCGUUGGUUCCGUGGCUAGUAUAUAUCGAGGGGGAUACAGCCGGUUUGCUCCAUACUAAAUGACAAAACCAUAAUACCCUUCCAAUGUGGGGGAAAAAAGGAAGCUUUCUGAGGCCUGGGUAUUGCAAUACAUGCAGUAGUGCAUCAUUUUAGCAACUCUAAACAAACAAAACUAAAAAAGAGGAAAAAAAUCUACAUUUUUUAUCUUAUACCUCAGAUAUUUUGUUCUGUGUAUUUUAAUAUUGUGGGUCUUUUAAUUUCCGAAGGUUACAUAGUUUGCUGACUGUAGAAAGUUUUGAUUUUGUUUUAAAUAAUAAUUAU